AUGGCUGGCCGUGCGCUGUUGGUGUGCGCCCUCUGCGCGCUGUGCUGCGCCGCCGGCGGUGGCCGGGCGUCAGAGGUGGACUACUGCACGGAGAGCGACUGGAGGGACUUGCGGGCCGUCGCGACGGACAUGACCGACGCGGAAAUUCGUGCGAAGUACUGCGGCCGCAAGCCGGAGUUUGUGCGUGGGCUUUGGGCGAGUCUGCAGGACGAUGAGAGGAAGGAUGUGCCCACUAGAUUGGGCACCCACACCGCGAGUGGGGUUGUUUCCGGAGUCCAGAGUCAAGAGGAUAAUCAGCCGGCCGGCCCUCUGGGCGAAAAGCAGAGUACGGAGGAGGGGAAGGGGACAGUGUCGGGAGGGAGAGGCUCCUCUACGGAUCAGCCGGAGCAGAAGGAGACAAUCGAUGCCCCUUCGAGGCCGGCGCCGCCAGCAGGAGGACUGUCUGCGCUGCCGCAGGAAGAAGGGUCACCCCUUCAAGGCCAACCGCCCACACUUAUAACAGUAGGCAUAGGCCCAACUGAACAGAAAGCGGAAUCAGUUCCGGGUCCAUUGGAGACUGAAGAUGCGGAAGAAGAAGUUGACGGCGACAGUGAAGAGGAAGACGAAGAGGCUGGGCGGAGUGGCGGUUCUUCUCCAGCUCCGCCGCCGGGCCGUGGCGGUGGCGGUGGCGGUGGCAGUGGCGGUGGUGCGUGGGAAAGGAAUUCAUCACUGUCAGGGACACAGCCGCCGAACUCAAAAAUACAAGUCGGAGGCGGGGCAGUAACGACGACGGUCGCAGAAAAACAUGGGCCUUCACCGUCACCGCCAGUAAAAGAGGAAACUGCAGAGGGGACGGAGUUAAGCCCGAAAGGGCCGCAGGGUGCGUCCCCUCCACCGCCAUACGGCACGAUUACUACACCGGCCGGAGGCAACGAGCAAACAACGUCGGUCCCUUCUCCUGCAGGUGACGGCGUGGAUGCUGUCGGCAGUCCGAGUGGAGAGCGCACGGCGGGGGAUGCCGACAACACCCCAUCGCGUGUGAGCACGGAAC